CCCUACUUCUGUCGGAGUUUACCUCGAAGUAUCUACAUCUAGUCUGCCGCAUUUGCCGGCGAUAAUCUGAUCAAAUUGCGGCUUCGGAUUACUCGUCCAAGUGCUGGUCCUCUUCCUCCAUCAAGGUUUGUCCGCUAUUCUUUGUUGAUUUCCCUAAAUUUCCCCCCCAACGAUCUUCGUCUGCUUAGAUCACACGCGACUGGCGUGGAUUCCGUUGCUUGCUUUUUCUGUGGCCUUGUCCAACUGCAUCUCGCAUUCUUCCUUGCCUGCCCAACCCGGCCUGCAUGCCCCACGGGCUACUUUCCCCACGUUUUAGAGAUCAAUGUUGAUCAACUCGUGCCUACAAUGGAUUGCGCGGCAUUGGGUCUAGUCAUGGAAUGGGACCGUCAGCCCAUUUUCUGUCUUCAUUCCCUCCUCGAACUUAACCAUUUUUGUGCCCCCUGAUCGUGUGGUGCGCUAUACACCGUCUAAGAUUAGAUUCCCUCUUCCUACCUUUUAAGACUAUCAUCCCCCAUGCCCCUGCGCUUCUAGAUUCUUCUAAACCACUUUGGUUGCACCACUUGUCCCGCUAUCACUGGACGCAAAUGGCUGAGUAUCAACUUUCAGUUCGAUUUGGUUAUUCCUCUAAGGAAUCCGCUGCUCUCUACGAAGCAGAACACUGUCCAUAUUGGGCACAGAGCCCGGUCAAGUACGCCCAAAACCUCUUAGAGUACUCAGACGAGCCGAUUGAGUACGAUCAUCACGACAGUGACUACUCAGACAACUGCUUCUUCUUCCCUGAAGACUGUUCUUGGUCACCCCCUCGUGACUGGAUCCUAGAAAACGAAGAGUCCGACGACGAUAUCUCAAAUAGCGAGGACCACGACACCAUGAUUCCCGGUCUUCCCGAUAUCAAAAUGCUCGACGCGGAGGCCCUCAGCGACUUGCUAGAGGAUAACCUCUCGCCCCCGGAGAUCACCACGAUUCUAGUAUUUGGCACUAAUGGUGCCAUAUUUGCGUACGCCUCAUCUCUUCCAUCCCGGCAGCUGCGGAAUCUGAGCGCAACAUACGGAGCCGCUUACACAGCCUACGCAAAGAACGCUUCAAGUGGUAACCUAACAGGUGUAAAUCCUGCAAGUCACCCAUCAUCAUAUGUGACAGCCCAGUCCGUCACUCUCGGCGACGUAGGGUCCAUCGUCUUCGAACUCGACGAGCUUGUCGCCGUAGUCACCAGAAUAGCGGAUAAAGUACUCCUUGCCGCCGUUGGACCGUCCAAACUGGAGCCCGAGGGAGAGACGGGCCCUUCAAAUGGUGCGCAGAAUGGCUCCAUAAACCCCAGUGCGGACGAGUUCCCCCUGCAUGAGCCUAGAACAGGCGCCAACGGUACCUCCACCAACCAAACUCCCACCAACGGAACCCCCAACAAUAUCAGCCGAACUCACAGCGAGGCCAAUAUGCAAUCAGAUGCGCAACUUGAAGCGCAGUAUGAAAUCGACCGAAGCAACGACCUCGCGCGAUUGGCAAGCCUAAAUCUGUCGUCCUCGCCGUCCAUUCUGCUCGCUCUAGAGUCCAAAUCUGCAGCGUUAGGCAAAUUCCUCAGUCAGAAAUUGGAGGAUCUUGAGAGCCCUGAGGACUUCUAGGCCUAUGCCACAAUCGCUCUUUUCCUCGCCUAACCCUUCUUCUUCUUCUUCUUCUUCUU